AUGUGGGAAUCAAUUGUUUUGACGGUGGUGGCCACCGCCGGCAACAAUAUCGGCAAAAUCCUUCAGAAGAAGGGCACCGUCAUUCUUCCUCCUCUCUCUUUCAAGUUCAAGGUCAUAAGGGCAUAUGCUUUGAACAAAACCUGGGUCAUAGGUUUUCUGAUGGAUAUAUUUGGGGCACUGUUGAUGUUAAGGGCGUUAGCUCUGGCUCCUGUCUCUGUCAUCCAACCAGUUUCUGGCUUUGGACUGGCAAUCCUCUCAGUAUUUUCUCAUUUUUAUCUCAAGGAAGUCAUGAAUGUUGUUGAUUGGGUGGGCAUUACCUUUGCAGGUUUCGGCACAAUAGGAGUUGGUGCUGGAGGCGAGGAGCAAGAGGCUGCUGCUCUAUCUAUAUUUCACAUUCCGUGGCUGGCAUUUGUUGUUUUCAUCUUGUUUAUAAUACUUAAUGGAUGGCUUCGAAUAUGCAAGCAUAAUCGAAGAGAACAAGAGAUGAUGGAAUAUGAUGUUGUUGAGGAAAUUAUUUAUGGCUUGGAAUCUGGAAUUUUAUUUGGGAUGGCAUCUGUAAUAUCAAAGAUGGGGUUUCUGUUCUUGGAACAAGGCUUCCCCAAGCUGUUGGUUCCUAUUUGCCUCGUCAUCAGCGUCUGUUCAAGUGGUACAGGCUUUUACUACCAGACACGAGGUCUAAAACAUGGGAGGGCUAUUAUAGUUUCUACUUGUGCUGCUGUGGCAUCAAUUUUGACUGGUGUACUUGCUGGGAUGCUUGCUUUGGGUGAGCGACUUCCAUCGGCCCCAAAAGCUCGCAUGGUACUUCUUCUAGGAUGGUUACUUAUCAUUGUUGGCGUGAUUUUACUUGUUGGUUCAGCAAAGCUAGUGAAAUUCUUUCAAUUUUCUUCACCCCGCAUUAAAAGCAGCAGUGCUGAUAAGAAUUAUGGCCAUAGAAGAUCUACUACUUCCCGUAUUAGGGAGCCUAGCCCAACUGCUGUCAUUCAAGCAGCGACCAUAAAUCAUUUACUCUAA